GCCUCUCUGCCCCAGUGGCCGCGGUACGAGCUGCCUCUCUGCCCCCCGCUCCCCAGGCGCCAAGAUGAACACAGCUCGGAGAUCAGCCAUGUUGGCCUCGGAGGUGACCGCCUCGCACGCCGAGCCGGCCCUGAACGCCACCGAGACGCCCAGCAAGGAGAACGUCUUCUCCGACAUGAAGGACAAAUUCAUGAACAAGCUCAGCAAGCUGCCAAUCCCGCCCUGGGCCGUGGCCACCAUCCUCAUCGUGGCAGCGCUUCUGCUGCUCUGCUGCUGCGUCUGCGCCUGCAAGAAAUGCGGGAAGAGGAGGAAGGGCAAGAAGGGGAAGGACAAGGCCAAGGCCCAGAUCAACCUCAAGGAGGUGAAGGAGCUGGGCCAGAGCUACAUCGACAAGGUGCAGCCCGAGAUUGAGGACCUAGACCCCGCGCUGCUGCCUGAGCCCAAGGAGGAGAAGCCGCAGGAGAACCUGGGCAAGCUGCAGUAUUCGCUGGACUACGAACUCGCAGCACUGCCAGCACCCUGGGUCACACCUGAACGUUUCCCUUUGGCGGCCGACCUGCCGGCGCUGGACAUUGGGGGCACGUCCGACCCCUACGUCAAGGUCUUCCUGCUCCCCGAGAAGAAGAAAAAACAUGAGACCAAAGUGCAUCGGAAAACCCUGAACCCCACGUUCAACGAGUCCUUCACCUUCAAGCAUGAGAAGCUAGGGGACGUCUGCUUCUCCCUGCGCUACGUGCCCACGGCCGGGAAACUCACCGUCAUCGUGCUGGAAGCCAAGAACCUGAAGAAGAUGGAUGUGGGGGGGCUGUCAGAUCCCUACGUGAAAAUCCACCUGAUGCAGGGAGGGAAGCGGCUGAAGAAGAAGAAAACGACCAUUAAGAAAAACACGCUGAACCCCUAUUACAACGAGUCCUUCAGCUUCGAGGUCCCCUUCGAGCAGAUCCAGAAAGUCCAGGUUGUCCUCACCGUCCUCGAUUACGACAAGCUGGGCAAGAACGAGGCCAUCGGGAAGGUCUUUGUGGGCUGCAACGCCACGGGGACGGAGCUGCGCCACUGGUCCGACAUGCUGGCCAACCCCCGGCGCCCCAUUGCUCAGUGGCACACCCUGCAGACGGAAGAGGAGGUCGACGCAGUCGUCGGCAUGAAGACCUCCUGAUGCCCCCUCUCCCUCCCAUCCCGGCCUAGCCAGCGGGCAGUUGACCCAUCUCCCGUCCUGAGCGAGUGGGACCGUGUGGGUGAGGCGCCUCUGGAGAAUGCGUGCGGGGGUUGCCUGUGAGCCUGUUCCCUCUUUCAGAGCCGUUCCUGGUGAAACAUCUUCGAGAAAACCUUCUGUUUCUGAUUCGCUGUGUGAACCGUGAGGUUUGCGUUGUGUCGAGAAGCUGGUGAGAGGUUUGGUUUACUACAGGGUUACUACAGG